AUGUCUAAUACUACCAGCAAUCUCGUGCUUCCACGGCCUGGCACAGCAUUUUCUCUACAAUCGCCUAUUCCAGGCCCCUCAGAGUCAUUUUUCACAUCCACCUUCGGCGCCCUGCUUCCACCAGCGCAAUACCUCCAAACGGAAAAUGGGAAAGCUGCAUACUACUCGAUGCCACCUUCGGCAACUAUAGAUAAUGCACAAACACCCGAUCGCGUACUCCUGAUCCAUGGCGUACAAACCCCAGCAAUAGGAAUGCUGCCCCUAGCCCGUGCCCUGCAGAAUUCGUUCCCACACGCACAUUUUGUGCUGAUAGAUCUUUGGGGACACGGAUUGAGUGACACACCGGUCAUCCCACACGAGGCCGCAAUUUUCCACGGAUUAUUCGACUCGCUGCUUGAUCAUCUACAAUGGCCUUCCGCACAUCUCAUCGGCUUCUCCUUCGGCGGCUCACUAACUGUUGGAUAUACUGCAUCAAGGCCCUCUCGUGUCAGCAGUUUCACGCUCGUUGCUCCAGCAGGGCUUAUUCGCAUGGAGGCUUUCCCGGUAGAGGACCAACACAACCUCAUGUACGGUGUUGACGAGGACGAGGUGCGAAAGCUCGUUUUACGAUUCCUUGAAGGUGGGGAGUUGAUAGUACCGGGCGAUUGGCAAAAAAGGGUUGCACAGAGCGAGGUUGUUGCUCAAGCGGUGAAAGAGUGGCAAAUGCGUGAGCAUCCUGGGCAUACGGCUUCUGUUGUUGCAAUGUUUAGAGAUGGUGGUGCGAUGUGUAACCAUGAUAAUUUUGGGAAGGCGGUGCGGACUGGUAUACCUUCGUUGGUGGUUCUAGGUGAAAACGAUGACUUGUGUACGGAGGAGCAGCUAAGAGGAUAUGGUUUUAAGGAUGUUUUCGUUGUUCCGCAAGCCGGACAUGGCGUAGUAAGAGAGCAGGUACCUGAAGUUGCUGGAUUCAUCGCGAACUUCUGGAAUGGGCUGGAGAACGGGAAUGGUGAAUGA